AUGUCUCUUCCACCCGCCACAGGGGCCGUGGAGCUCAGUUCGUUUAAGCAGCACGUCAUUCGCCUCCUCGCCCAGGGCAAACGGUUGGACGGGCGCUCCUUCGACGCUAUCCGGGCCCCGCAUAUCCUUCACGACGACCGACAGGCGGCAAAGACAAACAGUCUGUUGGCCUCCAAGCUGUACACAGACGAGACGGGAACAAGCCUGGGUUGCACCGUCACCGGUGUGUUUGGCCCACCGCAGUCACGAUACCCUGAGGAGGGUCGGCUUACGGUGGAUGUCACGGCCCCGUUUUUCCCGAGCUACAGCGCAGUCCAGAUAGAAGGAACACUGCAUGAGGUGGCCCGCUUUGUGCGUUCCACCAUUAUCUCCUGCCUGGAUCUUGCCGCGCUUUGCGUGAUUAGUGGCGAGGCUUGCUGGGUUCUACGUGUGGAGCUGACUGUGAUGAACGCCGACGGCGGACUCCGGGCUGCGGCCCUUCACACGGCUGUUGCUGCCCUGCAUAAUUUGACGCUCCCCAAGGCACGCCUUCCUAGUGGCGACGUGGUAGAAAGCAGGUGCCUGCGCUUUCAUAGGAUGCCUGUGGCUGCCACUAUCGGCGUCUCGGCGGCGGCGGGUGACAUGCGUUUUUUGCUUGACACCAACGCCGCGGAGGAGAGCGUGGCGGACGGGGUUCUCACGGUGGUCGUGGAUGAGGCGGACGGAAUUGUCGCCCUCGUGCAUCACGGGAAGUUUCCACUGCUUGUGCCCGCCCUGACCGGGGCGAUUGACAUGCUGACGUCGCGCAGUGCAACACUCCGCUCGGCGAUUCUCAAGUCCGGCAAUCCCGCCGUCGAAUGA